GUUUGCUCUGAUGCAUUCGUUGCAGUACCACUGGCAGACUUUCUCUCUUAGUCUCUCAGCAUGGCACGGUUCAGCGUCCUCAAUUACUACAGGGAGCAGUGGAAAGAGCUUCCCCUCCCAUCGGUGGACGUCAGUCACGAUACACUCCUCGUAGUCGGCUCAAAUGUUGGGCUCGGCUUCGAGGCUUCCAAGCAUCUUGCUCGGAUGCAACCCGAACAGCUUCUCGUGACAUGCAGAGAUGAUCGAAAGUGCGAACAGACUUGCAAUGCUCUACGCGUGCAGACCUCGUAUGACAGGAUACGCGCCUUGCCACUAGAGCUCUCCUCCUUUGCCUCUGUGAGCGCAUUCGCCGACAAAUUCGGGUCAGAGGGCAUGAACAAAAUCCACGCACUAGUUGCAAACGCCGCUGUUUGUCCUGCAGGUUACUCGAGAACGGCCGACGGGUGGGAAGUGACACUACAAGUGAACUUUCUGUCCACUGCACUUUUGAGCAUCUUAAUGUUGCCUCAUCUCGUCGCGUCUGCGACUGCUGACAGGGCUGCACGGCUUGCUACCAUUAACAGCUUCGGCUACUUCUUUGCAUGGAGACCUAAGCCGCAGCCGCAAAAAACCCUACUUGAAACCCUUAACGAUAAAGGUUACUGCCUUACGAUGGCCGAACGUUAUGUGACUACCAAGCUUUUAGGAGUGAUGUUCUUCCGUGAGCUUGCCCAGCGUCUCACCUCUCCUACGCCCGUGGCUGUCUCCACGGUCAAUCCAGGAACAUGUCAAAGCGAGCUCUUCCGUAAUCUUGAGGAACUGCAUCCCGUUAUGCGCUUGAUUUUCACGUUCGGAAAGCAGCUUUGCGCUGUGCGUUCGACUGAUAUGGGGUGUAGAAACCUCGUGCAUGCCGCUGUGGCAGCAGACGAGAGAGAAAGGCAUGGAUGUUCCGUGUCAAGCUACGAGGUUGCCGAGGAGCGCAAUUAUGUGCUCAGUGAUGAAGGCCGUGUAAUGGCAAAGCAGCUUUGGGAAGAAACGAUUGAGGUCCUUUCAAGGGCGGACUCUCGUGUUCCCGGCAUAAUUUCUCGCUAUCUUCACGACGCUUAAUCUGGGUUAAGGCUUGGUGAUCGAAGGGUGGCGACUUCCACGCUGACUUGAAGGCAUGCCGAAUCCAAAUGUGUUGCAGCAGGAGCACUUCACAGCUAGUGGAGCACGUUGAAUUGGAAGAACGCAAGUGCUCCUAUUAUAUCCGAUGACUUGAAUGUUACAAUUAUAUCUAAACUUACAUUGUUAUCAAGUUAUCUACGAAAUCAGUAAUACAAUAUUAUCCUCGCCGUUCUCUGUUAGCCUACUGCGUUGCGGGCAUGCAGGCAUUGACCUAGCGCAUGCCCUAGUAAUACACACACAGAACAUAUAGCAAUAAUGAUGAGUGAAUAACAAUGAAAGAGAAUUUCC